CCACGCCACGUGUCCAACCAAAAGCUCUUGGUGAUGGCUUUGAAGAAGAGUGUGUGACAGGAAACUGCAACUGCUACUCCUAGACUCCAGAGAGAGAGAGAGAGAGAGACAGCAUGAAACUUUGGUGUGGGUUUUGGAGUUGGGUUUAGAGUUUAGAUCAUUGUUUAUCGUCUGUUAGAGGGAGAGAGAGAGAGUUAUGUACAUAGGUUCCAUGGGAAGGUCUUUCAAGGACUCCUUGAAACUGCUUGAAGCAGAUAUUCACCACGCUAAUACCCUGGCGUCCGAUUUUCCAAUGGAAUAUGAUGGAGCGUGCCUUCAGAUGAGAAUGUCAUACAGUCCAGCAGCGCACCUCUUUCUCUUUUUGGUGCAAUGGACAGAUUGCAAUCUUGCAGGAGCUCUUGGACUGUUAAGAAUCCUAAUUUACAAGGUGUAUGUGGAUGGGACAACUACCAUGUCAACUCAUGAAAGAAAAGCAAGUAUUAGGGAAUUCUAUGCUGUAAUCUAUCCCUCUUUAUUGCAACUGCAAAAGGGUAUAACUGAUACAGAGGAUAAAAAACAGAAGGCUGUAUGCAUGGAGAGGUAUUGUAAAAGAGAUGAUGAGGAACACGGACAAUUUUCAGACAUAGACAUUGAAAGAGAAGAAGAAUGUGGAAUAUGCAUGGAAAUGAAUAGUAAGAUUGUGUUGCCUGACUGCAACCAUGUCAUGUGCCUGAAAUGUUACCAUGAAUGGAGGACAAGAUCACAGUCAUGCCCCUUUUGCCGCGACAGUCUUAAGAGAGUGAACUCAGGUGAUCUGUGGGUAUUCACUGAUAGUAGGGACGUAGUAGACAUGGGGACAGUGACAAGGGAGAAUCUUAGAAGGCUUUUCAUGUACAUAGAUAAGUUGCCUUUGAUCAUUCCAGACUCCCUUUUUGACACAUAUGACUCUCACCUAAGAUAAGUGAUUGCAUCAGACAGAUUUUACUGUCUGGAUGAAGGCUAGUUCCCUUCACAUUUAGUCACAUAAAUUCGGUAAAUUUAGUUUAUAGAGUUGCAGUGCAGUGCUUGCUUCCCAUGUCUUCUAGAAGUAUCCAGCCGUGUUAAAUGUGGGUUGGGGGUGAAGUUGAGAUGGUAAAUUGUAUCUACCUCAUUUGUAUAUCCUUGUACAGAUUGAAUUUCGUAUGUUAUUAAGAAAGAGGUUUGCGUAUUGUGUGCCUCUGAUAGUUUAAAAUAUUUAUCUCUUCAC